AUGCGGCUCGAAGCCGUCGCCUUGUUGGCCUGCUCGGUCCUGUCAUUUGCACUGACAGUGCCUUUGAAACCCAGGUACAUCAAGCCAGAACAUGGAGUCAAAAUGAAGCGAGUAAUCCUCGAUGCGCCGACGAAUGGUGGCUUUGUGAUUGUGGGCACACCUGCGUUUCUCAACUACGCGGACGCGAACAGGGAGCGCAUCAAGAGGGCAAGCCCCGGUGCUAAUGACCGUCAGGUGGAGGAGCUCAUCGAUAAGGACUGGGAGAAGCUCAGUCCUGAAGCGCAGGCCGAAUGGAAAAACAAAAAGCCCGGCGGCUCAGGGACACUACCCGCUGGUCCAGGGAUGACUACUCCAAAGUGGUCAAAUACCACGAGCUCCUCAGGCUCAGCGACGCGGACUCCAACUCUAGGGGCGGUGAGAAACAGUACCACAACGUCUACAUCUACAUCGACGUCUACAAGUACUUCCUCAGGCUCACAGACGCCGCCUACAAUCACGCCAACACCAGAUCUGAAGCCUGGAGGCGCCGGCGGACCCCCCGGGCCAACCUCAACCAACACAUCCUCAAACAGCACAUCGAGCACGAGCACGAGCACGAGCACAAGCUCUAGCUCCACCUCUACGUCGUCUACAUCAUCAAGCAGCUCUUCUUCAUCAACGCCCACAAAUCCUGGACCUACCUCUACGGGCACCAAGACCUCACCAACACAGCCACCCCAGAAUGGGCCGACUGGCAAUUCAGCCAAACCAGGGUCUAAACCCGGUGACCCUCCAAAACCCGAAGGAGGAGAUAAUUACGGUGCUAGCACUCCUUUGGUGAAGCCUGCAGUUGGAGGUGCCAAUGGGCCUACACAGCCGUCCCAGAAUGGGCCGACUGGCACUUCAGCCAAACCAGGGUCUAAACCUGGUGACCCUCCAAAACCCGGAGGAGGAGAUAAUUACGGUGCUAGCACUCCUUUGGGGAAGCCUGCAGUUGGAGCUGCCAAUGGACCUACACAGCCGCCUCCUACAGACGCGGGUAAAGUUGGCCUUGAUGGUAUCCCACAAGGUCUACCUGGCUCCUGGAAGCCGGAGCUCCCCCAAGACGUGAGCCCCAUCAAUCCACAACCGAAUUCUAAGCCGUCCAAUUCUCUACCUGGCAACAAACUUCCUCCUUCUGGGUCUGUUCCCAAACCGUCUUCUGCUCGAAUCGACAACAAGCUGCCUCCUCUCGGGCUCGACAACAAACUUGCUCCUACUGAGUCUAUUCCCAAACUGCCCUCUGCUGAAACUGACAACAAGCUACCUCUUCUUGGACUCGACAAUAAACUGCCUCCUCCAGGACUUGGCAAUACACUCCCUGCAGACAUCAAGAUCAAUCCAGUCCGAGGUGGUCCACUUGAACCUACACCGAAAUCCGCCACUCAACCAAUGGUAGAUUUGGACGGGGAUGAAGCUAUGAUGGAUCCUCUCUUGCGAGGCCCAGUCGCCCCAAAGCUAAAAGGUGCACCACCUGGUCCUCCCGACGAUGGAGGAUCUAUCAUUUUGACGCCAGUGAUUGUAGUCGGCCCACCUCGCAUUGAUGGUCCGCGUGGUGGUUCCCCUCGAGGUAUCCCAGGGAAGCCAGGUGGCAUGAUGGACGAUGACGACCAUGACCAAAUGCCCUUCGGCCAUCCUGACAAACCAAAGGGCAGAGGCUCACCUCCCAGCCCACAAAAGGGUUCCCACAGCAAGAAGCGGCCGGGCGCGGCGGUGAUUGGGAAAGACACCCCGGUCACGCUCGAAGACCACGAUGACACACUACUGGGCGGGAAGCAACGAGGCAAGCCCACGCGUAACGGCGAUCGAGAGGUUGUGCUUGAGGAUCACGACUCGCUAGAUGCACCCUUUGCCGCUCCGCACGGUGGCAAGAAGAAGCAGGGCGAUCCGGAGGGCACGGGUCUAUUCAGCGUUGACAUAAUCGGCAUGACGAAACACAGCAACUGGCGCAGGGGUGAGAGGGCUCAAAGGGUACGGAGGCGAGAGGCGUCGGCGGUGUCCCAUGACAAGAGGCAUGUUCGCCAUCUGGAUAGGAGAUGGGAGCAGCCGCCGCAGCUGCAGCACGGACAUGGAAUUUCUGGGGUUUAG